UGGAUCAAAGAAGGUUUAUCCAGAGUGAAAAGCCUCACAUUCCAAGUAACUUUUCUCAAGUAGAAGAAGAGCUCGGAAUAACUAGUGACAAGUUGAAUAGAGAAUACCCUGAAUUCACUGUAACUGUCAAAAUAAUUAAAGAGAAAUACUUUGGUCAUAUCCCAAAACAAUGGAUAACACCGAUCCUACCAGACCUUCCCAAUCUCGAAAAAGCUCAAACCAUUCUCAGAUCUGAAAGCAGUACAAUAACCCUCCCAAUAAUUGAAGAUGGGUUACUCACGAACAAACUUAAUGCCCUUAGGAAAAUAUUCCACUUCGAGAAACUACCACCAGAAUUUCUAAUUGAACCUGAGUCACCUGACCCAGUUCUGACUCUCUUAUCAAAACUUAUAUAA